CUCUGCCAACUCUAGAACCGGAAAUUAUUCAUUUCACCUUGUACCAAUUUUCCUUUUCAUUCAUUUUACAUUCUUAUUAAUGGUUUCUAAUUAUUAGUAUCAAUAAAACAAAAACAAUCUUACUGUGUUCAUUGCACAUGGUAGACUUUUCAAUAAAUUUUUUUUUAAAGUAUUUGAAAUCGUUAUUCUAAUUCAUUUAUGUUCAAGGCGAAUAAAAUUUUUCCAGAAGUACAAUUUACAGAGACAACCUAACAACACCAGAGUUUUUAUAAAUUUUUGUUCCAAACGUGAUUCGAUAAUCAAGUGAAAUACAUAACACUAAAUUGACUGAUGAUUCCAAACCACACCCCUUCAUAAAACCACCACACCACCAGCGUCGCAUGUGUUCUUCUUUCUAGCUAGUUGCUUUGGCUAUGGAGUCUCACAGAAUCUGAUAAAUCAGUUUAUAGCAAAGUGGGCACGUAACUACACAACCCAAAAAGCCGAGUCCAGUUGCUUUCGUGCCUCCCAGCUAAGCCACCUUUGACACUUUCCCACUUCUCAUAAAACACACACACACACACACUCACACAACUCUAUCAUCUUUUUCUUCUCAGCUCCCUCCCCUGCUCUGCUUAAAGGGGUUUUUUUUUUCUUUCUAUUUUUCUGAUAAAAAAGUUUGGUAAAGUUUUUCAAUUUUCCCUGCUUAUAAUGUGACAUGUUUUUUUUUUUUUUUUUUUCCAAGGUUUUACCAGAUGGGUCUUGAUUAAAACUUGGAAAAUUUCAAAAUAAUGGAAGACAAUUUUGUAAUGGGUCCACCCAACUAGUAGUAGUACCAGAAUUUGAUGGUUUUUAUUGACAUAUCAUGUCAAAGUUUUCAACUUUCUUUCUUACAAUUACGAGUCCAAAACGUGGCUUACGAUAACCAUAAGCUUUUUGAUUCAGUUUUAAUUGUGGUUGUUUUGCUUACCUUCAUUCCACUUUCGCUCUCUUGGGCUCUUCCCUCUUUUAAUGUACUUCAACUUUUUGAUUCUAGAAUAGUAUUUUUAGGUUGUUAUUAUUCUGGUUGGGGAGGACUUAAGUUUUAGUUCUUGUGGUGGAGCUUAUUCCCCUUCCAUGUGUUUUGCUGGUUGGUAAAGUUAGUCCCUUUUUUAUGCUCCAAGAUUGACUUUUGGAAGGUAAUGCCCGUUGUUAACUGCUAUAUUACUUGUUUUUGCUUUCCGGGUUUGGCUCCUUAUUGAGUUUUUGAAAGGUUUUUUCAUUGUUGGGAUUCUUCUUUCAGCUCUUCUCUGUAGAUGUGUAUGUGUGAAGGUAACCACAACCCUGUUGAAGUUCUCUGAAUAUAGUUUGAUUGAGGUAAGCAAUAGGAAGAAUUCAUGUAUCACGGGUAAAUAUUGGAACUUUGUAUUGAUUUUUGUUGUUGGUUUCUUCAAUUGUGUAAGCUUAAUCUGCUUUUCUUGUUUAUGGUUAAUUUUCUUUUGGAGAUGAUGAUAAGUAAAGCAUACAUGAGUUUACUUUGCUUGCUAGAUAUCAAAUAUCCUGCUCAAAUUUAGGGUGGACCUUCAGGACAACUAUGGUCUAGGAAUAUGACCUCUCUUUUUUGUGUUUCCGAUUCUUGUCCUCCUUGACUGCUUUGGUUUUCAAAAUAGGACCAUAUCAUUAGCUGUCAAGUCUUCAUUUGAUGCUUGUUGGAGAUUUCGUUUUAGAAUCGCUUUUAAGUUAUUUUUUAAUUCCCUAAGGUUGUUAUCUUGAAUUUAAAGUAAGACACGUUCUUCUUGAUUAUUCUGAUGCAAGUUGUGCCUUUCAUUGUUUUUGUCUUAAAUCUUACUGUAAUGAUGCAUGUUCUGGCCAUGUGUGAGAUUCUGUGGGGAUUUUUGUCUGAUAUGAUAGUUGAUGUGUGUCAUAUCUCUUAUUAUUAGAGAUUGGAUUGUAGUGACAACAUAAUUGAACUCUCUAUAUUUUUGGCUAGAUUAUAGAUGCAUCAGACCACUUGCAGGUGUGCAGCAGGUUGAUUGUAAAUGAAAUCUUUGAACAAUGGUCAAUCCUUUUCUAAUCUAGCUACAAAUUAUCUGUUCUUUUGUUUUGCUAGUCUCUAAUGUUUAUACUUGUCAAAAUUAGAAUACAUGCGUCAUUCUUGAUCAUUCUAGUAUUGAUUUUGCUUUGGCCAUUGAUAGUAUGUUUGUUACUCUGUUUCCUGUUUGGCAGUUGCUUGUCCACGAGCUUGCAGUUGAACUGACCAUCGAUGAAGCUUGAAUUUGCACUUGGAUUAUAGUAAUAAAUCUUAAAGUCUGACUGCAUUUGGUGCGGAAGAUGAAAGACGGAAAUAAUUUGGCGAAAGAUCAACCGGAAGAAGAAGAUUCAUUGCCUUCUGUCAGCAGUAAUAUAGACUUCGUAGAAGAAAAUAGUUUGUCAAGAGAUAUUCUGCUAAAUAAAGAGCAUAAUCCCAUAGUGCUCCUAAAGAUUUUGAAUAGCAACAAUGGGAAUAAGCAGUGGUACUUCCAAGAAAUCUACGGCCUGGAUAAUUACAUUCCAAAGCAUAUCAUGGGUUUUGAUGAGAAAUAUCUCCGUCGCUGUCUUGAAUGGAUGCAUAUCAGUGCAUAUGGAACUGCACCAUGCAAUUUUUCUUCAAAACUGGCAAUCGCUGGGAACUACCUAGGUUCUAGAGGAUAUAAUACUAGAAGUACUGAUGAUAUGGUCAGUCCAUUCAUUGAGUGUUCAUGUGUUCCAGUAGCCGAUAGUGCUGCAAUAAAUCCUGUAGGAGCUGAUAUUCUGGGCGCAAUUUCUGCCAGCAAGAGCAUGAUAAAUAUUUUAAGGAGUCCACUGCUCCAACGCUUUGGAGCUUUGGAGUCUACAGCUAUUGGAGGAGGAGGUCAAUUUGAAGAAAAAGAAGCAAUAUCCACUGAUUUGUUCAUCUCUCCUAGUAACUUUGUCAGUAAUAAGAGUGGAAAACUGAAGGAGAUGGUGCAUGGGGACUAUGAAUGUGGAUCUGAGCCUGUACACAAAAGGCUUUCCUCCAUAUCUAGCACAAACUCCACCUGCUCAGAUCAUUCUUCUUCCUCUGGAUAUGCAGCUGUCUCUCAAGGAAUGCUUCAGUGCACAUGGAAGGAUGGGUAUCCACAUUACCUAUUCUCUGUAGAUGAUCAGGGAGAGGUUUAUGCUGCUAACUUAUUCAAUGUACGGUCACCAGAUGAUAAGGUCCUUGACUAUGUCUACUCAUUUCAUUUAAAAUCAGGUGGUAAAAGUAAACACGAGAAUCAAGACAUAGAGUCAGAUCUUGUUGGAACAAUGAAAGUGUCUACUUCAGUUACACUAUGCCCUAAGAAUUCAGAAAUCUUUGAGAGACAAUUUGUGUUGUUUGGCUCGAAUGAUAGUUGGGCAAAAGAGCAAAACUCACUUCACUCCAUUAAGAAGCACAAAGGAUUAGCUAAGAAGGUGACUGAUGUGUUUAGGCCCACCCUUUCGCACAAACAAAGAAGGUAUUCUAAGAAUUUGGGCACCAGUGUUAUCCUUGAAGAUACUUCCUGGGAGUCUUCUGAUGAUGUAUGCGGCAUUCCUGAUCAUUGUUCAGUAAAUAUUUUGGAUGCCGAAACCCCUCCGAAUCUUGAGUUGGCUGCCAUUGUUGUUAAGGACCAUGUUUGUGGCAAACCUAAGGACUCAGAAAUUGGUGGCUGGGGCAUGAAAUUUCUCAAGAAACCUGGGAUCAAGAAUGAGACACCUUCAGAGGAUUCUGUGGUAUCCGAGUGCUGCAAGCGAGAUAAUGGUCAAUGCUCAGCCAGCAUGAAUAUUAUACUUCCGGCUGGUUACCAUGGCGGUCCAAAAACCAGAAAGGGUGGCCCAUCAACCCUCUUGGAGAGGUGGCGCUCCAGUGGACAAUGUGACUGUGGAGGUUGGGACAUUGGAUGCCCUCUGACAGUGCUGAAUACACUUACAAACCGAAUGGAGCAUCUACCCCUGACAGAUUCUGGAGAGUGCAAGACAGUGGAUAUCUUCAUAGAGGGCUCACAGCAGAACACGCCUAAAAUGAAAAUGACGAAUAUUCAUGAAGAUCUAUACUACAUCCACUUUCAGUCAACUUUAUCAGCUCUUCAGUCUUUCUCCAUUGCUGCUGCAAUUCUACAUUGUCAUAGUCGUAGUCCUGCUCUUCGGCCUAAAGUGUAAACCAAUUAAAACUAAAAGAUAGAAUGAAUAGUUCUAGCUUUGCAACCAUAUGAAAGUCCAUAAAGUUAUGUAGGUAGUAUAUAAUGUAAUAUAGUGUCGCGUGGCAUGGCGCCCAGUUUUCUAUGAUGCCGUGUCGCAUUUCUGCUAUAAUUCUUUAGGGAUUGCACAGCUUAUGGUACUAUAUCAGCUUUGCUCGAAACAGCAAGAAACCAAAAUGUCGAAUUAGUUCAGUUCUUGGACUGAAGUUCACGAAAACCGUGGUGCAAUUAUCAAUGAUAUUUGUAGCUUGUAGUAUUUAGUUUGCAUUUUGAUAUAGUUUUUGAUUUGCAUAUGUGUUGAUCUGGUGAUUCCGAAUUUCCAAUCACUUCAUAACACUGGCAACAUUGUGUUAGCAGCUUCUCAUAUGCUUUCACAGCUUCAGCUUCAGUUUGUUUCUGAUAUGUUCCAAUAUCAAAAGUUUGCACAUUGAGAGA